AACACUUCCAAAAUUUUCCCACUAAUUCUUUUCGCGCGCGACAGUAUCGAAAGAAACGAAGCUGCCACGCUAUUCAAUUUUCCGUUCGAAUAUCUCAUUGCUAAGUCGCGUCCGAAAUUCCUCUGGAUCAUUUACUUUCCGCAGCGUAGGAAAGGAAUCUGGGAAAACCCACCUUUGCUUCAGCAAACUGGAAAAAGAGCCCAGUGUAGGUUCUAAUGCGACAGUCUAGCAUUCUGGAUCAUUUUUCUUUUAACAAUAGGUGCAAACGAAGCAAGGCUGAAGCCGAACCAGUUCUUCCAAUUUUUAGACCAGAAGCAUUCCCUUGUCACGUGGAAGAUAUUCAGGAACGACGAAGAUGUGACCUUCAAGUUGAAUCAGAUUCUUAUCUGGUUGAUUUGAUACAAGAAACAGAUACCCAAACGGAUUGGGAGAAGAAAUUGAAUAGGAUUCUGAAAAAACAUUUUGGCUAUCCGUUCUUGAAGAAGUUCCAGAAAGAAGCUUUGGAAGCAUGGAUGAAUCACCAAGAUUGUCUGGUACUUGCUGCGACAGGAUCUGGGAAAUCUAUCUGUUUUCAAAUCCCAGCUUUAUUAACAGGCAAGGUGGUUGUUGUUAUUUCGCCAUUGAUAAGCUUGAUGCACGAUCAAUGCUUAAAACUAGCAAAGCAUGGGGUUUCUGCCUGCUUUCUUGGGUCUGGGCAACCUGAUAGUUCUGUAGAAAAGAAAGCAAUGGGAGGUGCAUAUAGCAUAAUCUAUGUAUGCCCAGAGACAGUUGUAAGAUUGAUUCAACCACUUCAAAAUCUAGCCGAAACUCGUGGAAUUGCAUUGUUCGCAAUUGAUGAAGUACACUGUGUUUCUAAAUGGGGCCAUGACUUUCGGCCUGACUACAGGGGUAUGUCUAUUUUGCGAGAGAAUUUCAGCUCUUCAACCCUAAAAUUUUUGAGAUUUGACGUGCCAUUGAUGGCGUUGACCGCAACUGCCACAAUUCAAGUUCGAGAAGACAUUUUAAAGUCGUUGUGUAUGUCGAAGGAAACCAAGAUUAUUCUAACUUCGUUUUUUAGGCCAAAUCUUCGCUUUUCUGUAAAACAUAGUAGAACAUCUUCACCAUCCUCCUAUAAGAAGGACUUCAGCGAUCUUAUUGACAUAUAUGCUGAAAAUAGAAGAUCUAGCAAUAAGAAACAAACUGCAAUCUCUCAGAAGUUAGAUAGUGUAUUAGAUUGCUCAACCGACAAUAGCUUAUAUGAGACAGACAAAAUCUCUCCAAAUGAUUUAGAGGACAUUGAUGAUUCUGACUCAGAUAGAGAUGAUGAAGGAGAUUCUGCAAAAGAAUGUUCGCCAACCACCUCAGAAGGAAGGACAAUGUCCGUUGAGUACUUGGAAAACGAGGUUGAUGUCUUUCAGAGCGUAGAUGAUUGGGAUGUUGCAUGUGGUGAGUUCUGUGGACAAUUGCUUUGUGGGGACAGGGAUGUAGAUGCAUCAUUGAAGGAGAUUGAUCGGCUGGAUAAAGCAGAAGAAAGACAAAGAAGUUGUCAAGAGACUUUUGAACAAGGGCCAACUAUUAUAUACGUUCCUACUAGAAAAGAAACUUUGAGUAUUUCAAAGUAUCUUUGUCAAUCGGGCGUGAAGGCUGCUGCUUACAAUGCAUCACUUGCGAAAUCUCAUUUAAGGAUGGUUCACAAGGACUUUCACGAGAAUAAUGUUGAGGUUGUGGUUGCAACAAUAGCAUUUGGAAUGGGGAUUGACAAGUCGAAUGUCCGGAGAAUUAUUCACUAUGGUUGGCCACAGAGUUUGGAAGCUUAUUAUCAAGAAGCUGGACGUGCUGGAAGGGAUGGAAAAUUGGCAGAUUGUAUUCUAUUUGCAAAUCUGACAAGAAUACCCUCCCUUUUGCCAAGUCGAAGGAGUGAAGAUCAAACUAAUCAGGCAUAUAGAAUGCUGUCCGACUGCUUCAGGUAUGGGAUGAACACUUCAAAUUGUCGUGCACAGAAACUAGUGGAGUACUUUGGUGAAACUUUUGAUCGUGAGAAGUGUCUCAUGUGUGAUGUUUGUGUGAAGGGACCUCCAAAUAUGCAGAAUUUGAAGGAGGAAGCAAAUAUAUUAAUGCAGGUCGUUGCUGCACAUCAUCGAUAUUUAGCCGAAGGAUUCUAUGAUGAUUUCACAUAUAGUGAUGUCAAACAGAGAUUCAGGGAGAAGCCUAAUUUGAGGAUGUUUGUCAGUAAAGUGAGAGAGCAGUCUCUGAAGUUCGUGGCAACUGAUUUGCUUUGGUGGCGGGGUCUUGCGAGAAUUUUGGAAGCUAAAGGUUACUUGAAAGAAGGGGACAACAAGAACCAUGUUCAGAUAAAAUUUCUUGAGCCAACCAAGCUAGGAUUGGAGUUUCUAUCCAGAAGUGACCAGACAUUCAAUGUUUGCCCUGAAGCAGACAUGCUCCUCUCAAUGACCAAAAGCAAAUCCUAUUUAUCCUUCUCAGAAUGGGGCAGGGGCUGGGCCGAUCCCGCCAUACGUCGCGAGCGACUAAAACGGAGACACUUGGCCGACAAGUCACACGGGCCACGGCCACGGAAGACAAAAAAAAGGAAAUCAAGUAAGCAUAACUCAGACUUGAGAACAGUUCGAGGUAGAAUAACUGCUAAAUUGUCAUCAAAGAAGUGAUGGUGCUGAACAAGUUCUUGGUUAUGUUAAUCUUAUGAAUAUGAUUAUUGAUUGUUUUUGAGUCAUUACUUCGUAGAAAGCUACACUAAAUGAAGUUAAAUGAAAAGGCAUGUUAACUUCGGUUUGGUUGAAAUAUUUUAAAUUAUGAAAGUGAA